AUGAAUUCAAUAGUAGCGGGCUAUAGUUCUAGUGAGGAUGAAAGCGAUAAUGAGCUUAAGCUACGUGAUCCACUAGAGCAUUCAGAAUUGAUAAAACUUGUGUCAAAAAAUAUCAAUAAACAUGAGAAACUAAAAGAAUAUCCGAAAGAUGAUUUCACUAAUAAGAGACGGGCCCUAAAUGCUACUAUCGAACCCCAAAGUUACGAUAAUGCUGUAUUUGAAUUGAACAGUAGGUCAUACUUGAUCGAUGGGUAUGCAGAAGGUCCUGAUGAUAAACAAAUUGUUGUCAAUGAUGCAAUUUUACCGAAUAAAAGACAGAAAUUGGGAAUCACAAAGAAAAAAAAGAGUAUAUGGGAGGCUCCAAGUGAAAGUGAGGAGUUCACUGACGAUGAAAAUGGCAGCGAUGAAUCAGAAGAUGAAGAGAAAAAACAAGAUCAUGGUCCAAUGGAAAGCGAUGUUGCGGAGAUACAAGUUUCCAAUACAAAAUUUUUUGGCAAGUCUGAAACUGAUUACCUUGGAAGAACAUAUAUGCAUGUACCUCAAGAUCUAAAAAUCAAUUUAUUGAAAGAUCCAGGCUCACAGGAAUGCUUUAUUCCUAAAAAACAAAUAUUCACCUGGGAUGGACAUGCUGGAGGGGUUACAAAACUUCAAUUCAUCCCUAGAAGUGGUCACUUACUAUUAUCUGGUGGUAAUGAUUGCAAUAUACAUUUGUACGACACUUUCCACAAUAGACCACUUCUUAGAGGUUAUUAUGGUCACAGAAGACCAAUCAAGGACUUGAAUUUCAAUACCGCCAAUGUUGGAAAGACUUUUGCAAGUUGUGGGUUUGAUAGAGUUGUCAAUGUCUGGGACACCGAGGUUGGGAAGAUUGUUACUAGUUUGAAAAUGAAAGGAGCAAUUCCUAAUACUUUGCAGUUUAACCCCAAUAAUGAAAACGAGUUAUUGGUUGGUCUUUCCAAUAACAAGAUUGAGCAUUAUGACUUGAGAAUACCUUCAUCCAAUUCUGACCAUAUUAUCCAAACUUAUGAUCAUCACUUGAACGCUAUUAAUUCUUUAACAUUUAUUUCUGAAGGAAAGAGGUUUUUAUCAACUUCUGACGACAGGUCUAUUAGAGUUUGGGAACUAGGUAUUAAUAUUCCAAUUAAGUAUAUUGCUGAUCCAACUCAAUUUUCUAUGCCACGCUCAAGAAUCCAUCCAAGCGGGAAGUACUUUUCCACUCAGGCAAUGAACAAUAAAAUAAUGGUAUAUCAGGCACAUGAAAAGUUCAAGCAAAACAAGAAAAAAGUUUUCGAAGGCCACGAUGUUGCUGGGUAUGGGAUUGAUUUUACUUUCAGCCCGGACGGAAAGAUUGUCAUGAGCGGUGGAUCUACGGGGAAAGCAUAUUUCUGGGAUUGGAAAACCACCAAGAUGUUAAAAUCUUUCCAAGUGGAUAAGACAACAAUUAGUUGUAUUGAGUCACAUCCUCAGGAGACUAGCAAGGUGGCCAUGGCUGGUUCUAGUGGUAAAAUUUUCUAUUGGGAAUGA